AUGACUUGCUCUACCAACCCUUUGUUCGGCAUGCAACCUCUUUUCAACCAAACCAUCCUAAGCGACACUCAGCUUCAGGAUGAAAUUGCCAAGACCUUUUUGUACACAGGAGCUGGUACUUUGAAUCAAGGUGCUUCUCGCUUGCAACAAAAUGUCAUGGCCCAACAACGAAGUGAUCUGACAAUUAUGUCUAAGAUCACUGCCGAUCACCAAAUUGGUGAAACUGUCGAUUGUGAUCCAAUCCCAUUGACUGGUAAGCAUCAACUUGAAUUUGAUGAUUAUCCAAGCAAGGCAGCCAAGAAGCAAAGGGUAGAACCAGCUCUGCCAAAGAGUUCUUCUAUCGCUGCUUUCGGCCAUGCUCAUGCGGAUGAUCCAUGCAUCCCUGCAAGUUCUGAAGGAAUCUCAACAUUCGCUGACGCUGAUGUCUUGAGUGGACGUGGUGGAGGCACCAACGUGCACCCAGGAAACCGCACCUUUAGAGAUCUCAUCAACACACACCGACGAGAAUACCUCAAGGCCAAGAAGAACGAUAAGCCAGCUAUCUCGCGGGCUAUUGUAAAGAUCAUUCGCGACACUGGAGGCCGAUUCCUCAAGAAGGACGGCAAAUCCAACAUGUGGGUCGAGAUUGGCGACACUCUUGCCCGCGAAAAGACCAGCCAAGCGCUGAGACAACGAGCCCCGGAAAUGAGGAGACUUAUGUUCCAGAACGAGCAAGAAGAAGCACGCAGCAGCAUGAAUACCCAAGGGCAGUUGCAGCAAAUGCUUCUCAAUGGAAUGGGAAGAAACAUGCUUCAAAACAAUUUCAAUAACUUUUACCGCACUGGAGCCAGUGAUGCUGGACUCAAUCUUUUGUCGGGAUUGCAAAGCAACCUUGGUAGUGUUGCCGACCCUUCCUUUGGUUUGAGGGUAUCCCAAAUGCACAAGAAACUACAUGCUGAAGCAACGGCAGGAGCAAUCGAUCAAACUGCUUUGCCCUCCCAUCUCUAUAAGGAACUGUAG